AUGGCUGACACAACUGAGAAGACCCAUGUAGAUUUGCGUGACGACAAACUCGUUAGUGAUGUUCUCGAAGCAACCGCACAGGAGCACAGAAUGACGCUGCUGCAGGCUGUUCACCUGUACCCAAAAGCAAUUGGCUGGUCCGUUUUACUCUCUACUGCAAUAGUGAUGGAAGGCUACGAUGUCGUUUUAAUGCAAAGCUUCUAUGCAUUUCCGGCAUUUGCAGAGCGCUACGGACAGCGAAUGUCAGACGGUAGUUACCAAAUCACGGCGGCAUGGCAAUCUGGCUUGUCGAAUGGGGCGAAUGUUGGGGAAAUUUUAGGCUUAUUCAUCAAUGGAAUCGUGUCUGAACGGUAUGGAUAUAGGGUUACCAUGAUUGCGUCGCUUACUGCACUGAUUGGGUUUGUUUUCAUCCCUUUCUUUGCGGAGAACAUUGAGAGCUUGGAAGCUGGAGAAAUCUUAAUGGGAAUACCGUGGGGGGUUUUCCAGACCCUCACAACAGCAUAUGCAUCUGAAGUUUGUCCGGUUGUGUUGAGAGGCUACUUGACCACGUAUGUAAACGUCUGCUGGGGCGUUGGGCAGUUGCUAGCGACUGGCGUGCUACGCGGGUUGCUCAGUCGUUCCGAUCAGUGGGCGUAUCGUAUUCCUUUCGCCUUGCAAUGGAUGUGGCCAGUUCCGUUAUUAGUUGGCAUUUUCUUUGCUCCAGAGUCCCCGUGGUGGCUGGUGAGAAAAGGCAGAGUUGAAAGCGCAAGAGAAGCUCUGCUGCGACUUACGACUUCGUCAGCAGACUCGGACUUUGACGUUGACCAGACACUUGCCAUGAUGGUUCAUACCGAUAAUUUGGAUCGAAAGCUUACCAAAGGCACAUCUUACUAUGACUGCUUUCGUGGCAUUGAUCUUCGGCGCACUGAGAUUGUCUGUGUCACAUGGGCAAUUCAAAAUCUGUGUGGCGCAGCUUUCAUGGGUUACUCUUCAUAUUUUUUUCAACAGGCGGGACUCUCUGUUUCCUAUUCAUUUGACAUGUCAAUGGCUUUGUAUGCUGUUGCCAUAGUCGGUGUUUUUGCGUCUUGGUUUUUCAUGUCCCGUUUCGGACGGCGAACUUUAUACCUUGGAGGCCUCACGGCGCUUUUCAUUAUCCUCCUAGUGAUCGGUAUCGUCGCUGCAACUGACUCGUCUAAAAGCAGCGGUUGGGUGAUAGGGUCUCUGCUACUAGUCUACACGCUUUUCUACGACAUUACCGUUGGCACUGUGGCUUACUCUAUCGUUGCAGAAAUGCCUUCUAGUCGUCUGCGCACUAAGACGAUCGUGCUCGGACGAAAUCUUUACAAUGUGAUUGGAAUUAUUAAUGGAGUGAUAACUCCAUAUAUGCUUAAUCCGUCCGCAUGGAACUGGAAGGGAAAAGCUGGAUUUUUCUGGGCCGGUUUGUGUUUCUUAUGCACGGUUUGGGCGUACUUUCGUUUGCCAGAGCCGAAGGGGAGAACGUAUGAAGAGCUGGAUUUAUUGUUUGAAAGAAGAGUCAGUGCCCGAAAAUUCAAGGAGACGGAGGUCAACCUUGAGAGCUCAGUACAGCAUGACAAAGAGAUUUAA